UGUUGGGAUUUGUUGUUUGUACAGUUUCGUUUUCUGUUCAAUCUUCAUCUCUCUUCACUCUUGAUCGGUGAGCCCAAAGCCAAGGAAGCUAGAGCUCUAAAAGAAAAGAGUGAAGAUGAGUGACGCAGAAGAGAGCGAUUCUGAAUGUGAGCUAAAUCCAUGUGCUGGAGACGGGUUUUUCUCGGACCUGGGCGAUGGAUUUGUUCCUGCAACGUGGGAUUUUACCAAGGCCAUGGAGUCAGCAACAGUGGCAAGCAAAUCCUCCACCAAAUCGUUGGUGGAGAAUAUGAUACGCGACAGUGCUCUGGAGGAGAUGAUCCGUGGUGAUGGCGAACAGUCAGAUGAUGACGAAGAUCGUAUGGAAACAGCAACUGGUGGCAAGGAUGUUGGUGAUGUGGAGGACGUUGUCAAACGGAAAAAGAAAGAUGAAUUCUUCGAGCAGCCACCACCACAGGUCGUUACGUCGACAUUUAUGGAGAUGAAUCUGUCACGACCUCUGCUGAAGGCCAUUAGUCGUCUGGGGUAUGUUCACCCCACUCCCAUUCAGACAGCCACAAUUCCUAUCGCACUAGCUGGCAAAGACAUCUGUGCCUGUGCAGCGACAGGAACAGGAAAGACGGCCGCAUUCAUCCUCCCUAUUCUGGAGCGCCUGCUCUUUCGGCCGCAGGAAUCGAUGACGCGUGUGUUGGUGUUGCUCCCCACUCGUGAACUAGCUGUGCAGGUGCAUGCAGUAGCCACGUCGCUGGCUGAGCACACAUCGGUCACGGCAUGCCUUGCUGCCGGUGGGCUGGACAUGCGGCAGCAAGAGGCGGCGCUGCGCAAGAUACCGGACAUUGUGAUCGCGACACCCGGUCGCCUCGUGGAUCACUUGCACAACACGCCAUCGUUCAGCCUGACGGGCGUCGAGAUUCUUGUUCUGGACGAAGCGGACCGAAUGCUGCAGGAGCACUUUCAGGAGCAGCUGCAUGAAAUCUUGCGCGUGUGUUACCGUGGCCGACAGACAAUGCUCUUCUCUGCCACCAUGACGGAUGAAGUGGAAGAACUCAUCUCACUGUCCCUGAACCAACCUGUCCGCCUCUUCAUCAACAACAACACACAAGUUGCAGCAAAGCUGCAACAAGAGUUUGUGCGAAUUCGAAGCCAUCGCGAGGAUUCUCGCGCUGCUAUCGUAGCUGCAAUGUGCUGUCGUUCUUUCUCCGGUCAUGUGAUCAUAUUCGUGAACACCAAGGUACUUGCUCAUCGGCUUCGAAUUCAGCUUGGUCUUUUGGGCUUGAACGUGGAGGAGCUGCAUGGCGAUUUGACGCAAUUGCAGCGUUUGGAAGCACUGGAGAGCUUCAAAAAAGCCGAGGUAGACUAUUUGAUCGCCACCGACCUGGCGUCAAGAGGUCUUGAUAUCUCUGGUGUGAAGACGGUUAUCAAUUUCAGCAUGCCGUCAUCUAUAAAGCAAUACGUCCAUCGUGUGGGCAGAACAGCCCGUGCUGGCAAAUCGGGUCGCUCUGUGUCUCUGGUCGGCGAGAAGGAGCGCAAAAUGCUGAAGCAGAUUAUCAAAGACUCUGGUCGUUCAGUGAAGGUGCGUGUUGUAGCUCCAGAAGUGAUCGAGAAGUUUGGAAAGAAGCUGACGGACAUUGAGCCGAAAGUCAAGACCAUCCUGAAACAGGAGGCAGAAGAGAAAGAGGUGAGGAAAGCAGAGAUGGAAGUGGGGAAAGCACAGAACAUGAUUGACCACCGGGAAGAAAUCUUCAGCCGGCCUAAGCGGAAAUGGCUUGCAACCAAGGAUGACCACAAGAUGCCACCUAAGAAGAAGGCGAAGGAGGACCAGUCGAUGCCUCCCAAGAAGAAGGCGAAGGAGGACCAGCCAAUGCCACCUAAGAAGAAGGUCAAGGAUGGUCGUCAGUCAAUGCCCCGCAACAAGAGGUCGAGGAAGUAAGGACCAGCAUGCUGUAUCUCCUGGUCUGCCUGCACCUGCAGUGUACACAUUGCACAUAGCGUACAUAUCUGUACAUAAUCAUUGUAUACAUGUGGUCUUGUAAUAUAGAUAGUGUCGUUUCUAUCUAGUGUUAUGUUGUGUGUAGUAUAGAGUGUGCCUGCUUCUGCUGUAAUGUAAAUGUUUUUCUUCCUCUCGUCUUGUACUUGUAAGGCUUUUUUUUAUAACCAUGAAUAUCUGUGUAUAGUCCAUGCCUAUCCUCUAUUGUGCUUUCUUGACCUAAGAAGUGAGAGUCGCAAUGUCCCCUCUUUCAUUUUUUUUGCUUCAGUUCUUAUUUUUCAACGGUCUGCUGAGUAGCGCUUUCCGUCAGACCCCACUCAAAGGUGUGAGUAACUGUUUAUGCAGACCAACCGCAAGUGCGUUCACUACAGCUGCAUCAGUAUUUGAAGCGUCCAAGCAGGGAAUGAAUUCCUGGCGUGGGCCUUGACUAGGGUCAGCUGGAACAGGUCAGCGCCUUUGAAACGUCCAAGCAGGGUAUGAAUUCCUGGGGUGGGCCUUGACCAGGGUCAGCACAGUAGUCAGACCACUAACAACGGUAGUGCAUGUAAUGCUCCUGAGAUCCCUGAGAAUCGAUUUGUGAUGUUGUUCCAACUAGUGCAUGUACUACAAUGGCAGUACCUGAGUAUGUCGUUGUCAUGUAUACCAGAUGUGCAAACAAGACUAGAAUGCUCUACUCUCCACUCGUAUGGUGCAUUUCAGUACUAGUACAUGCAUUAUCAUUAGUAGCUUCCUAAUUAAGUACAUGUACCUUACUCUUGCCUUGUUGGUAUUAUGAUGAAGAUGAUGAACAGCCAAUUA